UCGGUUUUGCUGCGAAAACCAAAGCAUUUGAAGUUUCCUACCUGUUCAUUUUCAGUUUUUCUGUAUUUUGGCGGAUUUUUAAUGGAUCUGCCCUGUCAACAGUGGGUUCGGCAUGUUGAACAGAAGUGGACUGGACUGGGUCCUGAAGGAAGGGAGCGAUUCUCUAUCCUAGCAGAUAUAAAUGACAUAUUCAACAACGCGCUGUCACUUACGCAACCAGACGAUCUCAAUACUUUGUCUAUAAUCUCUGACAAGUACUCAGUUAAAAAGUCUCCAGAGCCCGCAUCUGAGUUUAGGGAGCAAGGUAACCUCAGCUUCAAGGUGAAAGAUUACACAUCAGCUGCACUGUUUUAUUCUAAGGGUAUUUGCCAUGCUGAUAAGAAUACAGAACAGCUGUCCUUGUGCUACGCAAACCGAUCUGCAGCUCUCUUUUAUCUCACCCUUUAUAAAGAAUGUCUAGAGGACAUUCGUCAAGCUUUGGAGGCCGGCUACCCGAGCCACCUGCGGGACAAACUGAUCACUAGAAAGACCGCCUGCCUGAAUCAGCUCAGCAAGCUUGAAAAAUCCAACACUCCAGCCCCAAAUAACCCACCACCACCAAGCACAUCACAUGGCGUGUCUGUUUAUUUCAGUCCUGGGAAAGGUCGGCACCUGUUGGCCACGGAAAAUAAACUAGCCGGUGAUGUGGUGCUGGUGGACGAGGCUUACGGCUGUGUUCUUAUCCCAGGUAUCAAACUCAUCACAGAGACUGAAAAGACAGUGUUUGACACUGAAGACAGACAUUGUCAUCACUGCCUAUGCCGAACACUGAGUUCUGUGCCCUGUCCUAACUGUAGUUACGCUCGGUACUGUGACGAGAGGUGUCGAAAAGAGGCAUGGAGCCAGUGGCACCAAUGGGAGUGCGCUGUUGGAGCAGACCUGUUGGUUUUAGGUGUUCUGACGCAUCUUGCACUAAGGGUUGCGUUGAAAGCUGGGCAAAAGGAGGUUCAAAGCGCAAAGGAAAGUUCAUGUCCGGUGGAAAACCAAGCUGGACUGUUUAAAAGUGAUUCAUCAGUCCAAUUGAACUUUGAAGGCCACUGUACCAAGAGUUCAGAUCAUACAGACUGUUACCAUGGCAACUCAUAUCUAGGCAUCUACAGUCUUUUACCACAUGUGGGAGAACACUCACCUAGCUUACGAUUCUUACUUGCAGUCACCACAGCAACACUUUAUAAGAAGCUGCAUGGUGGUCCUCCAUCGGACAUGUGGGAAUCUUGCGAGGAUGACAGAGGAGCCUGGAAGCCCGAGAUGAGCAUGCUGGGAGCCACAGUUCUGAGGCACCUGAUGCAGCUCAGGUGUAAUGCACAAGCAGUAACUGCUAUUAGAGUUACAGAAGAGACUGGCACUUCUGUUCAACCCAGCAACGAAAUCCGCAUCGCCACGGCAAUCUUUCCCGUCCUCAGCCUACUUAACCACUCCUGCAGUCCAAACACCAGCAUCUUCUUCACAACAGGCUUUAUAAACAACCAGCUCACUCAGUUCUCUGGUUCAAGUCAAGGUGACCAUUCUGAGACCCUUCACAGCGGUGUGACAGUCACUUUACGUACUUCAAAAGACCUCAUGGCGGGACAGGAGAUUCUGCACUGUUACGGCCCUCACUGUAGCAGAAUGACUGUGAAGGAGCGUCAGCGCCUCCUGCUGGAGCAGUACUUUUUCACCUGUGACUGUGUGGCUUGUCUGAGAGAGCAUGCAGAAAAUAAAACAAGCGAAGAUCGGAAGACAGCGCUGGGUUUGAAGUGUGAGAAUUGUGAACAGCCUCUUCAGGCCUACAUGGAAAGGUACGUGUGCUCUCAGCCAUCCUGCAGUCAUCAGAUCACCAGUGCUGAAGUGCAGAAGAAACUUCAGGGUUUGCAGAACUUACUAGACCAAGCUAUUCAUCUAAUGGAGAGAGACAGAUCAGACGAUGCCUUAAGGAUCCUUAAAUCUGCCUCAUCUCAGGCAGACAGCAUUCUGACAGAUACUCAUCCUGUAAAAGGUGAACUUGCGGAUGCAACAGCUCGUGUAUAUGCCACCAACGGUGACUGGAGUCGGGCUGCAUCCCAUCUCAAGCUCAGUAUUGUUGCCAUAAAAGCCCAAUAUGGAGAGGACUGCGUUGAAUUGGGACGGCAGUUUUUUAAACUGGCACAAUUGCAUUUUAAUGGCGGAGACCGCAGAGCCACUCUCUCUGUCAUCCCCAAGGCCCGCAGGCUUCUCUCUCUCCACUGUGGCCCUCUUUGUGAAGAGCUACAGGAACUACAGGAAAUGGAGCACUGUUUAAAAUGACUGGUUUGCAAGAAGUCAUAACCAAAAGGUUAUCAGUUGACAGAGUGUUUUGAAACAUUCAUAUCUUUUGUCUCAGAAAUAUGUGAAACCUAA